GUCGGUUUUUUCCCAAAUAACGGACAGUGGCGCGGGAGCUGCUCCUCUUGGUGCGCCGCCGGGGGGACUAUCAGGAGGAGCUCCUGGAAACCCAAAUCAACAGCAGCAGCAGCAAGCAUCUUCGCAGUUAGGCGUGCAAAGACAACUUUCCUCCGGGGAAAGAUCUGCGAC